AUGUCAGGUAUAGAAGCGUUCGGGGUCGCCGUUGGUGCUGCCCAGCUCUUAUCCUCCGUGGUUUCGAUCAUUUCAGCUGUCUCCACAAUCCAAACGCUUACCCGAGAGGCACCUCACCGGAUUCGCUGGCGAAGUCGUCAGCUUCGAUUUUUAUUGAGCGUUGUCCAAUCCAUCACCCAGGACGGCCGACUGCAAAACGCAAGCGUUACCGAGUAUAUUCUCGCUAUCGAGAACCAAAUCAAAUACUUACUACAAGUCAUCGACAAAAGUAGGAACUGCCUCUCAAAGACUCCCAUCAAAAGAGUCUGGCAUUUGUUCAAUACGGAGAAGAAAGUCUUGCAAGGGUUUGCUAAUCUCGAAUCCGAGAAAACGAACCUGAUUCUGUACAUCACCUCCUACGAAAACUCUUGUGGCCAGCAUACCGGACGGAUGUCUCAUAGUUCCAAUAACCCGUUCAACAAACGAUCACUUGGAACUCCUCUUUCGAGUCCGGCCGACACCAAGAUGUCAGAUACACACAUGCAUGACACCAAUGACAUUACGGGCUCGGCUGAAUCAGAAAUCCGCGAAACAUCUGGAACUGCACUUGCACGCAGGCCAACUGGCGUCCCAGCGCCUCCGAUGCCCCCUGCUCUAUCCCGCAUGUCACCAAACACUGCGAGUGCGGCUGCAACUACAGAAACUACGAGCCUAGCGUCCGCGACUGGGAUACGGAACACAUACAGCGAUGUAAGGGUAAAUGGGAAGACCACGGACUUAUUGGGCGGUUCUGAGCACAAUGGCACGGAUAUGAGUGUCGACAACAGGUUCAAGCGUCUCCAUAUUGAGGGAGAAUCGCACACUGGUCUGGUCCUUGGUACCAAAUUGACCAGGCAGUCUGAAUCUUAG